AUGUUUGGAUUGGUGAUUUAGUCUUCCCUGAUUGAUCCCUCGCAAAUUUUGUGAAAUUUCAAGGGCCACUCUCGAAUAGGUUCAGAUUAGGGGUUCUGUCAAUCACAUUAUCAGAAUCCUGGGUCGGAGCACUACCUAGAAUGAAUGAAUGAAUGUUCAGUGAGUGGGCAAUGCCGAGUCUCCCUUUUGUUCUCAAGCUGCUCUGGUCUACUGCAAGGGCGUUACAAUUGAGUCCCAGUUUUCAGUAACGUUAGUAGAGAUCUUCGACAACGUGUUCAAUUCGCCUUUUUGUCAUGCUGCAUUUAUCCUUUUCGUAGCAGUCACAUACCAAAGGAGACAUUCUAGACUUUAGGUUUCUCCAUGGCUGUGUGCCUUUCCCACAUCUGCCAUCACAAAGACAUUGGUGUUAAUGGCAAUGUCAGAGGGAGUGUGUCUUACUGCGCUGGUACUAAACUUGGCUCUGGAAUACCGUACUGUUUCGCCGCAUCGUUAUGAAUUCUCACUUGCGUAAGAACAAUCCAAGCAGGUAGUGGCGAUUUCUAAAUUACAGAAGCGAGGCUCCAAGUGGAGAUGUUGUUUUGCACCGACUAGAGGGCUUUGGUAUCAGGAACCUAUUUUACCAUACUACCACAUCCAUAGCGAAGGGAGUCCGCAAAAUUUCAUGAUUGGGCGUCGGUACUGCGACCUAAUGGAAUCCGGUGACGCGACAUUGCACUCUUGCAGAUUUUGGGCGUGCAAUUCGGGGACCAAAUUCUGAACCACUGUUAGUGUGUGAGUUAUUUUUGCCUUAUGUUUCUUGCUAGCGCAAGAAUAUCAUUCACGAGGACCAACUAGCUUUGUAGAUUUAGAGUGAGCAAAAUGAAACCUCGAAUUAGCGCCGAAAGUGACGAGGCCACACAACCCGCACAGGAAGGUCGAGGUGCAAGAGCUAAGGAUGACAGACCGCAAUUGCCAGCUGCAGUUGCACAGACUAGAGACAGCAUUCCAGGAGCUAACGAGGACGAAACGGAAACCUCAGAGGCUGCAAAAGCCCUUCUAAAACAACAGGUUCAGGCCCUGACAGCCGAAGUUGAAGAGAUGGAGAGGAAAAUCGCCGAAGUAACUCAGAAGCGGAAUGCUGAACGCAAAAGCAAGGGUAAAAUAGGGACUUCUGUGAAAGACCGUGAUAAAGGUGCCGGUGCUUUUACCAAAAAGCAGCAGCAAUUGCUUGAUAUUAACAGACGGGAUACGUCUCGAAGCAAGCGGAUGCAGGAGCUAAUGCGUCAGGUUCAAAGCAUUUGGAAACAGAUAUCUCAGCAUAAAUGGGCUUGGCCUUUCAUGAAGCCCGUGGAUGUCAAGGGUUUGGGUCUCCAUGACUACUACGAUGUUAUUGAAAAGCCAAUGGACUUGGGCACAAUAAAGAACAAAUUGGAUGUAAAAGAUGGUUUGGGGUACCAGCAUGUUCAGGAGGUCUGUGAUGACGUGCGGCUGGUUUUUUCCAAUGCUAUGACUUAUAAUCCAGAGGGGUCUGAUGUCUACGUGAUGUCUAAAACCCUCUCUGACAAAUUUGAGGAGAAAUGGAAGACGCUUAUUGAACCGAAAUUGCAAGAGGAAUUGAAAAGAUCACAUGAUGACAGCGAAGUGCAAGCUAACGAAGGAGGAGUUCCGGUAGUAGAAGAGAUAGAUACAGAAAAAGUGAUUGAGCAAUAUGCACUUCAGUUGGAGGAACUUGAUAAGCAGCUAGAAGAGCUGAAGCAACAAGCAACUCCUAAGUUUAGCAGAGCAAUGUCUGUAGAGGAAAAAAGGCAUCUGGGGCAGAGCUUGGGGAGGUUACCACCUGAUAAUUUGAGCCACGUCAUUCAAAUUAUUGCACAGAAAAACCCCUCCUUUAACAUAAACUCCGACGAGGUUGAAGUUGACAUUGACGCCCAGGACCCGGCAACCCUCUGGAGAUUGCAGCGAUACGUGCAGGCAGUUUUAAGCGGUUCGGCAGCUCGCCAAGCUACACCGAGAAGCCAGGCUACCAAGCGCAAUGGCAGUUCUCUGCUUAAAAAAAACUCCAGCAAGCGUAGCAAGGCCACUACGUCUUGAAUUUCUCACCCAUUGAGUGUGUCCACGGUGCCUUGUUUGGUUUUGCCAGCGAUGGAUGCUUCAGCAAUGAACAAUUUUCUCUUUGAUGCAAUGCUGCUCAGUUCCGUUCUUAUUUCAGUAGUAUUAGAUAUUAGAGAGAUAGAUCUCUGAGCAUGCUUUCAAUCUUCUCACAUUAAUUUCACUUACUAGACCAUUAGCAGAUGGGCUGAUUCAACACUACAGAUCAAUCAUCUGGAGUGCGGAACUUGAAGAGCAGGCAAAACCACCGAAAUGGUAUGCUCUUGACUUGUAAAUUGAUGGCGGAUUUGAGUGCUAAAUGCUCCCUUAUGAUUAUCUUUCAGGGCUUAAGAAGAGCCUUCUAUCUGAAAUUGAUUAACAAUCAAACAAAAAAAAACGCAAAAAAUUGCACAGCUCUUUCUCCAUGGAGUAAUAAGAUGUCAUGUACCUCUUACAGUAUGCUAUACUGGAUAUCAGAAGCAUGAAUCUACUAUGUUCAGCAUA